CAGCUAGGACAUGCGGUAUACACUUUCUUCCCCAUAUUAACUUUUACAAAUAUUUACCUAUAAUCUAUAAAUAUAACCCACUUAUCGCGAAAUUUUUUGAAAUAAAUCGUCAAAACAGUAGUGGUGCUCAUUUAUAAUAAUAUUAUGAUUAUAUUUACUUAUUUCCGCGUGAAGUUAUCUAUCGUGCAUUCGAACACAAGUCGAAAAAUAAUCUAUAGGCAUAUACUUAUAGGACUAAUAGGUACCAUUUGUGUUCGCAUGUGUGUUGUGUUGUUUUUAGAGAUUCUAGGUUACUCAUUAAUUCUUUAGAAAGUGACGAAUCUCGACAGAGCUGGCGAACCUCGCAGACUAACCAUAAAAGUAAAACAUUUAACAAAAACGUGGGAGCAACGAUUAUGACGUAGCGGUCACCCAUAACCUGUUGCUGGUCUCGCGAGCGCGGUGUCUUCACUUUCAAAAAUAUCGCGGCCGCGUUCACAUAUAGGUACGCUAGAAUUUUUAUACCAAGUAGUGUUGUUUUCCCUAACCUAUAUCAACGACUAGAACGAAUAGAGUGUAUCAACAUGACAGUGAAUAAAGGUGGAAACGCUACGAGCAAGACAAAAAAGAAAACUACCACAUCCAACACUGCCGCUAGUUCAUCCAGCACAAGCAAAACAAGUACCAGUAGCUCUGUUGUCAAAAAUACUUCAACGAAAAGCGAAGUUGUCCAGUCGGGUGCCGUAUCAAAGUCUUCCUCUGCUUCGAGCCUGCAAAUAGCGGACGUCUCUCAUUUACCGGUAAACGCGAAAAUCGUGAAAUAUACCGUGACAGAAUCUUUGCCUACCGGUGGCGGCGAAAAAAUAACCACGUACGGGGAAACUGGCCCAACUUCAACCGAAUAUAGACAUUUCAUUUCUAAAGAUGCUGCCAACCAUUCCGCGGAAAUCCAACAGUUGAGUUCGGUUCUCAACCAAUCAAUUACGAAUUUGGACCAGUCGAAUUUAUCUCAUCAUUCCGGGUCAACGUAUACCGUAACAGAACCCAUGGAAGAACUGAAGCUGACCUACAACAAGAACGAUUCUGCGUGGAACGGUAAAUUUGUUAUUGAACAACCACUUGAAAAGGGUAAGAAAACGAAAAAUCAAAUUGUUAAAACCGGCGAUACAGUAGUAGAGCAUUCCUCUUCGUCAACUUCACAUGAAGAAAGAUCAUCGAUGGAAAAAAGCUCUUCUAGUAGUUAUGUUUUAGAAAUAGUAGACGGAAAAGAACGAAUUAUUGACAAAAAACAUCAUGACUCUGUGAAGUCAGCUCAGUCGAGCAAUGACGAACAUUUAAUAACCAGAGGUGGAACAAAUAUCACCCCCGAAGUACAUUUCAAACAAAAAGCUUCUGAUAGUUCCACUCGGUAUGACUCAGCUGUUCCUGAGUUCCAGAAACCCAAAACAAAGUCAUCCACGGCUGUGCGAGAAAUCCAUCAAGUAGGAGAUCAAACUUCUUCUUCCUCAGAUAUUCAACACGGUACUAAAACAAUCACAGAUGAUAGGAAUUCUAUCAAGUCUGACACCAAACAUUUUCUUGAUAAUGAAAAGACUGAUUCGAUAAAGCAACAAAGAAACUCAAAAGAUAUCCAUGACGCUAGAACAGAGAGUAUUCAAUCUAAAAAUGUAGGUGCUACUACUACCACAACUACUACCACUACAUAUUAUGAUUCUAAAGGAAAUGUCAUCAAAACAUUAGUUGACGUUGAUACAGAAAACACACCAGGUUCCUCAACCUCUCAAGAAAGAGUGACGCGAGAUAAUACGACAGAAUCGAGCGAUGUAAUCCGCUCAGAUGAAAGAAAUUACGAGCAAGCUUUUCGAGGUACUAAUGUGCCAUCGACUUCAACUCCGAAGAAAACAUUUCCAACUCAAGGCAAAACGAAAUUUGAAGACACCAACAAAUCCACAACCCAAUUAUCAGCGACUGAAAGUGAUCAAAUAAUCACAGAUACUUCAAUUAAUAUCGUCGAUAAUGCGAUGAGAAAUGCCCAAAUGUCGACUAACUCCAAAGACUUCUAUGGGCACUCUGUUGAUUCAUCUGGAACUGUUGUUCGCAAUGUUUAUGAUACGAAUGCUAUACAAAAUACAAUUGGUGUCAGAGGAAAUGUUAUCAUGGACAAUACAAUAGACAAUACCGAUAUUGUUUACUCAAAUGACAGAAAUUACGGAAAAACCGGUUGGAAUGGUCAGUUCACAUACGAAACGCCCCAAGACCGAAAUGGAACUGUUCCAACCAACGACAACAAACCGAAAUCUUCCACGAGGGGCCGUCAGAAGGUAUCGCCUGAAGAUCUCCCAGCAGCUGGAGCUCCAUCACAGAGGAGGAGACCAGAGGGACCGUCAGAACAUACACAAGAUUUUCUCAUGUCUGAAAGGAUGGAGAACGUGAGACAGUCCACAGGUGAUUCAACAUUAAUUAAGUCACUAACAAGUAACAUAGUGGACUCAAAAACUACGAUGAAUAGCAAUAAAAUCAUCUCGGAUUCGACUCAAAGACUGCCUGGGGCUGGUGCGCCUUCUAGAGAAUCAGUUGAUGUGAACAAACCUGUCACUACUGAUUCUGAAUACUACGAGAAUGUUAUGAGAAUGCAAAGUUCAGAUACGAACAUUUCGAAAAACUAUAGCACCGAAACAAUAACGAAUAUCACUGACUCAAGAAAUACUAUGGAUAGAAAAGUAACAGGCGAAGAGAGAUACAUAAGUACCGAACCAAGAAGAAUCUCUUAUGAUAAAAUGCCAGCAGCAGGAAUGCCUACUUGGGUAGCGGAUGAGCAUAAUCCUAUAAAGCCGACAAGAAAAGAACCUGACGUAUUACCACGAAGAGAAACUAGAUUACAUCCAGAAGAUUUUCCACCUGCAGGACGUUCUGGCAUACCUGCUAAAAGAAGCGAUUCUCCAUCAAAACAAGCUUCUUCAGAUAUUACCACAAAUACUGAAUACAUUGACCACAGAACUGAAUCUAGUUCACAUCAUCAGUCAGUACGAACGGUCGAUGAAAGAGUAUCGAGAAAUGGAGAAACAGUUCACCACAGCUCAGUUACUGAUCGAAAUACUUCAGACAGGCACCCCCAUAAAAUAACUGCACCUGAAGAUUUGCCCGCAGCUGGUGCUCCUUCAAGGAAAGUGGAAAAAGAUCUACCACCGGCGAAUAAAAAUAUAUCACCAAAAAAAGAAACUAAAUUGCGCCCAGAAGAUCUGCCAGCUGCUGGGAGUAGGAAGAAACCAGCUAGAAGAAGUGACUCCCCAUCCAAGACAAUACCGUCCACAAAUACUACAACUUCUCUACAUUCCGAUACUAUAACUGACUACAAUACUACUGUGAUAACUGAUUCUACCUCACAUCAUGAAUCAACACAUAUGGCUGACGAAAAAGUCAUGAGAGAUGGAAAAACCAUUUAUCACACUUCAGUUACCGAAAAAAGCACAUCAGACGAUCAACCAGAAAAAAAAACACGGAGCAAGAUUGCACCCGAAUACUUACCAGCAGCUGGAGCGACUACGAGAAAAACAGAAAAAUAUUUGCUAACUCACCAGAAACCAUCGAGUCUUGAAAAGGAAACUGAAAUACCAAUUAAAAAAAAUAGAUUACGUCCAGAAGAUUUGCCAGCUGCUGGAGAUACUACUAUUAGAAGUGGUUCUCCUUCCAAACAAAUUCCAAUAGGAGAUACUACAGUUGCUCAUCAAACUCAUACUAGUAUUGACCACGAAACUAGUCUGGUAACUGAUUCAAAGUCACAUCAUCAAUCUAUUCAUGUAAUUGAUGAAAAAGUUUCGAAGAAUGGAGAAAUCAUUCAUCAUACUGCAAUCACUGAUAGAAGCACAUCAGACCAACAAGGGAGAACUCCUCAUGGUAAACUUGCACCAGAAGACUUGUCAGCAGCUGGAGCUUCAACGAGAAAGGUGGAAAAAUAUCUCCCAGAUAACCAGAAGCCAUCCAAACCUGGAAUGAAACCUGACUCUCCAAAAAAAGAUACUCGUGUGAGACCAGAAGAUUUGCCAACAGCUGGCAGACCUUCGAAAACAAGUGAAUAUUCUGAGAGUAUCACCAAUUACUCAACUGAUAUAGUAGUUGAUUCAAAAUCACAUCACGAAACUAUUCGAUCAGUUGAUGAGACAAUCUUGAGAGAUGGGGAAAUAGUUUAUCAUACUUCGAUCACUGAUAAAAGCAAAUCAGAUCAACCAGAGAGAAGAGCACCUGUUAAACUUGCUCCAGAAGAUUUACCAGCAGCUGGAGCGACUACAAAAAAACCAGUCAGAUACUCGCCAGACCACCAAAAGCCUAGAAAAGGGCCAGAACCUUCAAAUGAAGGAACUAGAUUGCGUCCAGAGGAUCUGCCAGCAGCUGGAAGCCCUUCAACUAAACCAACUAGAAAAACUGAUUCUCCAUCCAAGCCAAUACCGUCCAGAGAUACAACAAUUUCUCAACACACUGAUGUGAUUGAUGACUACAAAUCUAGUACAGUAACUGAUUCUAAAUCGCAUCAUGAAUCUAUGCUGAUAGUAAAUGAAACUGUCUUGAAGAAUGGAGAAACCGUUUAUCAUAAUUCUGUUACGGAUAGAAGCACAACAGACCAACAAGCGAGAACUCCUCAUAGUAAACUUGCACCAGAAGACUUGCCAGCAGCUGGAGCCCCUACAAGGAAAGUAGUGGAAUAUUUAACAGAAAACCAGAAACCAUCAAAAUCACCUGGAAAAGGACCUGAAUCACCCAAAAAACAAACUCGUGUGAGGCCUGAAGAUCUACCAACAGCUGGUAAACUGUCUAAACCAACCAGAAAUGAGGUUAUAAGCGACUACACGACUAAUGAAAUAACUGAUUCAAAAUUUCACGAAACAAUUCGUGUAGUUGAUGAAACAGUUUUGAUAAACGGUGAAACAGUAUACCAUACUUCGGUUACUGACGUGAACACAUCAGACCAACACAAGAAAACUCCGCAUGGUAGACUAGCGCCUGAAGAUUUUCCAGCAGCUGGAGCACCAACAAAGAAAACAGAUAAACAUCCACCAGCCGAACAGGACCACCAGAAACCAUCAUUUACUGGCAAGGAACCCAAAAAAGACACUAGAUUGAGCCCUGAAGAUCUUCCUGCUGCAGGAAUGAGACCUAAACCACGCGAUCGAGGCCCUAUUGAUGAGAAGCCAACAAAACGAUCAAAAUCUCCAAGCAAAAAAGAUAAAACUCGUCCUGAUCAAUUACCAACAGCUGGAGUCCCUUCAAAACAAACUGAUAAAUACUCUCCUUCAAAAGUUCCAGAAAAGAAAACGUCAACUGACACUUUCGAAACUGUUUCAGACUUCAAAGAAUCAAAGACUAAUGCAGAAAUCUACUCUACUACUACUAUCAUCGAUUCCUUUGACAAUAAAACACCCAAGGGGGUGAAAUCACUGAAUGAUGAACCAGAAGAUAGAAAACCGAAAAAACAUGGGCCUUCAGAUACUUCGGUGAUUUCUAGAAAACCAACAGAUACUGUAGUUGAAAACUAUGAGUCUGUGAAUGAGGUUAUUGAUAUCAAGUCAAGUAUGACCUCGGAUUUUCGUACAGAAACGAUUGUGAAUAAUACCAUUGUGGAGAACUACACCGAUAUUGUGGAUCGUACUGACAAAACAUUCAUCAUAGAAGAUGUGACUAACAGAAAAGUUGUCGAUUCUGUGGAUAAAGUCGACAGAACAUUCAUCAAAGAGGACAUCAUAGAUAUUAAAGAUAUAAAAGAAAUUGAGAAUAUUACGAAUAUCAAGAAGGUGGUCGACAAUAAAGUCAUCAAAGUUGAAAAAAUAAUCAAGGAACCUGAACCCAAGAAGCCUCACUAUGUUGUCCCCCAGAAAGAAAAAUGUAUUUGCGAACUCUGUGUAUGUGGACGCCACACUUGUCCACACAAUCCAGAAGACUACAAUGACCACCUGCACCUGGAAGGUCCGUUCUUGGGCGAACCGAGGAAUGACUACAGCGCUACGAAAGGCGAGCGAUUUCCUGUCAAGAAACCGGAAGACCACCUCAAACCAGAGGGCGAGUUCGUCAAACGCGAACCAGAACCGUGGCAACCAGGCGAAAGAGCACCAGUAAAGAAACCACAGGAUAACCUCAGACCUGAGGGAGACUUUGAACGACCUGAGAAAACAGGUUGGUCUCCUGCUGAGAGGCCCCAGCAAAAAAGACCCGAGGACAAUUUGAGGCCAGAAGGUGAUUUCCAAAGACCAGCGAAACCAGAGUGGUCACCAUCCGAAAGACCAAAACAGAAGAAGCCUGAGGAUAACUUGAAACCUGAAGGUGAUUUCGAGAAACGCACUCCGGAAAAAUGGCGGCCAGGUGACAGACCCGAAGCUAAGAAACCUCACGAUAACCUCCGGCCUGAAGGAGACUUCGAGAGACCAGAGAAACCAGGAUGGUCUCCUGCUGAAAGACCUAAGCAAAAGAAGCCAGAGGAUAACUUGAAGCCUGAGGGCGAUUUCGAGCAACGCACUCCGGAAAAAUGGCGUCCAGGUGAAAGACCAGAAGCUAAGAAACCUGAAGACAAUCUCAGACCUGAGGGAGACUUCGAGAGACCUGAGAAGCCUGGAUGGUCUCCAGCGGAAAGACCCAAACAGAAAAGACCAGACGACAACUUGAGGCCAGAAGGUGAUUUCGAGAGGCCUGAGAAGCCUGGAUGGUCCCCAGGGGAAAGACCCAAACAGAAAAGACCAGACGACAACUUGAGGCCAGAAGGUGAUUUCGAGAGGCCUGAGAAGCCUGGAUGGUCCCCAGCGGAAAGACCUAAACAGAAAAGACCAGACGACAACUUGAGGCCAGAAGGUGAUUUCGAGAGGCCUGAGAAGCCUGGAUGGUCCCCAGCGGAAAGACCUAAACAGAAAAGACCAGACGACAACUUGAGGCCAGAAGGUGAUUUCGAGAGGCCUGAGAAGCCUGGCUGGUCCCCAGCGGAAAGACCAACGCAGAAAAAGCCCAAGGAUAACCUUCGUCCAGAAGGCGAUUUCGAAAUUCCAGAGCCUGAGGAAUGGAAACCUGCAGAGCGACCUCAGCAAAGGAGACCAGAAGACAAUCUAAAACCGGAAGGGGAAUUUGAUAGACCUCAGAAGCCAAAGUAUCAUCCAGGUGAAAGGCCAGUUGCAAGGAAACCUACGGAUAAUUUGAAACCUGAAGGAGAAUUCACUGGUACGAGAACAGUUAUCGAAGAUUACAGAGUAAUUCGUGGUGACAGAGCUGAGAUUACUCGCCAUGAAGACAACAUCAUUAUUGAAGGAGAAUUCACUGAUAUAACCACUAGUAAAGUUGACUUCACUGGCGAAUCAGGACCAAGACCCAGCCCCGUUCGUAGGAACACCUGGACCAAAUUAGAAGGGGACUUCACCGAUGACACCACAACAAAAUCUGAAUUUAUAGAUCACAGCAGCACUGUGGUGAAAAAUAUUGCAAAGAAACGGCAAGAUAAUCUGACAGUAACAGGGGAUAUGACUUUCGAUACAUCUUCCACCCUGGAGUACACAGAAAAAACACCUACAGUUGACAGAAGGAGACAAACGUGGACCAAAGAUGAAGUUGACAAGUUUUAUGGUACUGAAACAACAGAAGUCGUUACAACUUCACAAGAUGUAUACAAAAACUACGACACCACCGACUUCCGUCAAACAGUUGUGAUUCAUCGCGAUAAUUUGAGACCUGAAGGUGAAUUUGAGCGUCCAGAAAAACCCAAAUACAAACCUACUGAACGUCCCAUUGCUAAAAAACCAGAAGACAAUCUGAGACCAGAAGGUGAUUUUGAGAAACGCACACCAGAAAAAUUCAUCCCAGCAGAAAGACCCAAGCAAAAGAAGCCCGAAGAUAACUUAAGGCCGGAAGGAGACUUCGAAAGACCUCACAAACCAGAAUGGUCUCCAGCAGAGAGACCAAAACAAAAGAGGCCCGAAGAUAAUCUUCGACCAGAAGGUGACUUUGAACGUCCAGAAAAGCCGAAAUAUAGAUCAACAGAAAGACCUACUGCAAAUAAACCAGAAGAUAAUUUGAGGCCAGAAGGGGAUUUCGAAAGACCUGAAAAACCUGGUUGGUCACCUGCAGAUAGACCCAAGCAAAAACGACCAGAAGACAACCUUCGUCCUGAAGGUGACUUUGAUAGACCCGAAAGACCUGAGUACAAACCUGGUGAUAGGCCCGCUCCAAGAAGACCAGAAGACAAUCUGAAGCCAGAAGGCGAUUUCGAACGUCCAGAAAAACCAAAAUACAAAUCAACUGAGAGACCUUCUCCUACCAAGCCUAAAGAUAAUUUAAAACCAGAAGGCGAAUUUGAAAAACGUACCCCCGAAAAAUUCACGCCAGCUGAAAGACCUCAACAGAAGAAACCUGAAGAUAACUUGAGACCAGAAGGUGAUUUCGAGAGACCUGAGAGGCCAGAAUGGUCACCUGCUGAAAGACCAAAACAGAAAAGACCUGAAGACAAUCUUCGCCCUGAAGGAGAUUUCGAAAGGCCUGAAAAACCUAGAUAUAGAACUACUGAGAGACCAAUGCCUAGCAGACCUGAAGAUAACUUGAGACCAGAAGGCGAUUUCGAACGACCAGAAAAACCGAAAUACAAAUCAACAGAAAGACCUAUUCCUACGAAGCCUAAAGAUAAUUUGAAACCAGAGGGUGAAUUUGAAAAGCGUACUCCAGAGAAAUUCAUUCCAGCUGAAAGACCUAAGCAGAAGAAGCCUGAAGACAACUUAAGACCAGAAGGUGAAUUCCAAAAACCAGAAAAACAAGAAUGGUCACCUGCAGAGAGACCAAAACAGAAACGACCAGAUGAUAAUCUUCGCCCUGAAGGUGAUUUCGAGAGACCAGAUAGACCAGAUUAUAAACCUGGAGAAAGGCCUGCUGCCAUUAGACCAGAAGAUAACUUGAGACCAGAGGGCGAUUUCGAACGACCAGAAAAACCGAAAUACAAAUCAACAGAAAGACCUAAUCCUACUAAGCCUAAAGAUAAUUUGAAACCAGAAGGAGAAUUUGAAAAACGGACUCCAGAAAAAUUCAUUCCAGCAGAAAGACCUAAACAGAAGAAGCCUGAAGACAACUUAAGACCAGAGGGUGAAUUCCAAAAACCAGAAAGACAAGAAUGGUCACCUGCAGAGAGACCUAAACAAAAACGGCCAGAUGAUAAUCUUCACCCUGAAGGUGACUUCGAAAGACCAGAUAGACCAGAUUAUAAACCUGGUGAGAGGUCAACUGCCAUAAGACCUGAAGAUAACUUGAGACCAGAGGGCGAUUUUGAAAGACCCGAAAAACCAAAAUACAAAUCAACAGAAAGACCUUCUCCUACUAAGCCUAAAGAUAAUUUGAGACCAGAGGGAGAAUUCGAAAAACGAACUCCAGAAAAAUUCAUUCCAGCUGAGAGACCUAAACAGAAGAAGCCUGAAGACAACUUAAGACCAGAGGGUGAAUUCCAAAAACCAGAAAAACAAGAAUGGACACCUGCAGAGAGACCUAAACAAAAACGGCCAGAUGAUAAUCUUCGCCCUGAGGGUGACUUCGAAAGACCAGAUAGACCAGAUUAUAAACCUGGUGAAAGGCCAAAUGCCAUAAGACCUGAAGAUAAUUUGAGACCAGAGGGCGAUUUCGAAAGACCCGAAAAACCAAAAUACAAAUCAACCGAAAGACCUACUCCUACUAAGCCUAAAGAUAAUUUGAAACCAGAAGGAGAAUUUGAAAAACGGAUUCCAGAAAAAUUCAUUCCAGCUGAGAGACCUAAACAGAAGAAGCCUGAAGACAACUUAAGACCAGAGGGUGAAUUCCAAAAACCAGAAAAACAAGAAUGGUCACCUGCAGAGAGACCUAAACAAAAACGACCAGAUGAUAAUCUUCGCCCUGAAGGUGACUUCGAAAGACCAGAUAGACCAGAUUAUAAACAUGGAGAACGGCCAGCUGCCAUAAGACCUGAUGAUAACUUGAGACCGGAAGGAGAUUUUGAAAGGCCACAAAAGCCAAAAUAUGAAUCAACAGAAAGACCUUCUCCUACAAAGCCCAAAGAUAAUCUCAAACCUGAAGGAGAUUUUGAGAAACGCACUCCAGAGAAAUUCAUUCCAGCUGAGAGACCUGAACAGAAGAAACCCAAAGACAACUUGAGACCAGAAGGUGAGUUCCAAAAACCAGAAAAGCAAGAAUGGUUACCUGCAGAAAGACCGAAACAAAAACGACCAGAUGACAAUCUUCGUCCGGAAGGUGACUUCGAAAGACCCGAUCGACCAGACUAUAAACCCGGUGAAAGGCCAGCUGCCAUCAGACCAGAAGAUAACCUUAGACCAGAGGGAGACUUUGAACGACCCGAAAUACCAAGAUAUAAAUCAACAGAAAGGCCUACACCUACGAAGCCGAAAGACAAUUUGCGCCCAGAAGGAGAUUUCGAGAGACCUUCCCCAACUCAUCUUGGACCAGCAGAGAGAAGGAAGCCUAUCAAACAUGAGGACAAUCUUCAUCCAGAAGGGGACUUCGAACGUCCAACACCUACCAAACUUGGCCCAGGAGAGAGAAGAACGCCUAUCAGACAUCCCGAUAACUUGAGACCUGAAGGAGAAUUUGAGAGACCCCACCAACCAGAAUGGUCCCCUGCAGAAAGGCCUAAACAAACGCGACCAGAAGAUAAUCUUCACCCCGAAGGUGAGUUUGAACGUCCCGAGAGACCUGGGUACAAACCAGGAGACAGACCUACUCCUAAAAAGCCAUUGGACAAUCUUCACCCUGAAGGGAGUUUCGAACGUCCCACGCCCACCAAACUUAGUCCUGGAGAAAGAAGAACUCCUAUCAGGCACCGAGAUAAUUUGAGACCCGAAGGAGAUUUCGAAAGACCUCAGCACCCAGAAUGGUCACCUGCAGAACGGCCCAAACAAACACGACCAGAGGAUAAUCUACAUCCAGAAGGCGAGUUUGAAAGACCUGAGAAGCCAAGAUAUAAACCAGCUGAGAGACCUACUCCUAGAAAGCCAGAAGACAAUCUCCACCCGGAAGGUGACUUCGAACGUCCCACACCAACCAAACUUGGUCCAGGAGAAAGAAGGUCUCCAAUCAGACAUCAAGAUAAUCUGCGACCAGAGGGAGAUUUCGAGAGACCCCAUCAACCAGAAUGGUCUCCUGCUGAAAGACCGAAACAAAAGCGACCAGAGGAUAAUCUGCGUACUGAAGGAGAUUUCGAAAGACCAGAAAAACCUGGUUAUAAACCUGGUGAGAGACCAGUCCCAAGAAAGCCUGAAGAUAAUCUGAGACCUGAAGGUGAUUUCGAACGGCCUGAAAAACCUAAAUACCAAUCCACAGAGAGACCUAGUCCCAAGAAACCAGAAGAUAAUUUGAAACCAGAAGGCAAAUUCGAGAGACCUCAUAAACCAGAAUGGUUGCCAGCUGACAGACCCAAACAGAAGAAGCCUGAGGAUAAUCUACGCCCAGAAGGUGAGUUUGAGAGACCAGACAUAGUAGAAGUUGGGCCUGCAGAACUGAGGAGACCCAUCAAACACGAUGAUAAUCUCAAACCUGAAGGUAAAAUGACGAUGGUGAAAAGGGAUGAUUACAACGUUGUUCGUGGUGAACGAGUUGAUAUAAUCAAACAUGAGGAUAAUCUGAGGAUGGAAGGAGAAUGGAAUAUGAGGCGACGAGAUGACUACACAAAAACCACAGUCGUCGACAGAGCCCAAAUAAUCAGACAUGAUGACAAUUUGAGAGUAGAAGGAGACUUUUCAGAUUUGAGAACAAGAGACGAUUACAAUGUUGUAAAAGGAGAAAGAUGUGAUAUAAUUCGCCGGGAAGAUAACCUCAGAAUCGAAGGUGAAUUCAGCGACUACAGAAAAAGAGACGAAUUCACUACGCAUACCGAAAGGAGGCAAGUGGUGCGUCAUGAAGACAAUUUGAAACUCGAAGGUGAUUUCGAGAGACCCACCCCAACUCAACUUGGACCAGCAGAGAGACGAAGACCUAUCAAACAUGGUGAUAAUCUCCAUCCGGAAGGGGACUUUGAACGACCUUCACCAACAAAACUUGGCCCAGGAGAGAGAAGAACCCCUAUCAAACAUCCAGACAACUUGAGACCUGAAGGAGAUUUUGAUAGACCUCACCAGCCAGAAUGGACUCCUGCAGAACGGCCUAAACAAAAACGACCAGAGGAUAACCUUCAUCCAGAAGGAGAAUUUGAACGACCCGAAAGACUUGGGUACAAACCAGGAGAAAGACCGACUCCUAAGAAGCCAGAAGACAAUCUUCACCCUGAAGGAAGUUUUGAACGCCCUUCACAUGCCAAAGUUGGCCCUGGAGAGAGGAGGACACCUAUCAGACAUCCAGAUAAUUUGAGACCUGAAGGUGAUUUCGAGAGACCUCAUCACACAGAAUGGUUACCUGCUGAAAGGCCUAAACAAAGGCGACCAGAGGAUAACCUCCAUCCAGAAGGUGACUUUGAACGGCCCAAAACACCUGGGUACAAACCUGCUGAAAGACCUACUCCUAAAAAACCAGAGGACAAUCUUCACCCUGAAGGAAGUUUUGAACGUCCUUCACCUACCAAACUCGGCCCUGGAGAGAGGAGGUCACCUAUCAGACAUCCAGAUAACUUGAAACCUGAAGGAGAUUUCGAGAGACCGCAUCAGCCAGAAUGGUCACCUGCUGAAAGACCUAAACAAAGGCGACCAGAAGAUAACCUCCAUCCAGAAGGUGAGUUCGAGCGACCGGAGAGAACUGAUUAUAAACCUGGCGAAAGACCUACUCCUAAGAAGCCAGAAGAUAAUCUUCGCCCUGAAGGUGAUUUCGAACGUCCCACACCUACUCAACUUGGUCCAGGCGAAAGAAGAACUCCUAUAAGACAAUCAGACAAUUUGAAACCUGAGGGUGAAUUUGAAACACCCAAGAAACCUGGUUACCAACCAGGUGAGAGACCCACUCUUAAGAAACCUCAAGAUAGCCUACGACCUGAGGGAGAUUUUGAAACACCUACCAAACCCAAGUAUACUCCGGGAGAAAGAGCAACAAUUGUCAAACAUCAAGACAACCUGAAAGUAACCGGGGAGUUCGAAGAUACAACGAUGACAAAGUCACAGUUUACAGUGGUGAGAGGUGAGCGAGCUGAGAUUAAGAAAUACGAAGAUCAAAUCAGAGUUGGUAGCGGCAAGAUGGAUUGCGUUACAACGACACAUGAAACUUUCGAUGUCAACACACCAAAGAAAUCUCCUGUCACCCUUGGUACUCCUGGGUCGACGACAGUAGUCAACAAUCGUAGACAUAUGGAAUCUCACUUCACUCUAGGAAACGAUACAACAAAUAUGCAGACUACCAAUCAGAGCAAUUACAAUACUUUCACCAGGAAAACUGAUCGAAAAACUGUUAUCGAUAAUAAGGAAAUUUCCAAUGUUGAUAAACAUGUCGUUAGUGUUACACAAAAAGAAAAUCUAGUAGAUCGAAAGACGAAAUUCAUCGAUGACAAAACCAUCAAGAAGGACGAUAAAAUCUAUACAGAUGUUUCUUCUGAUAAAAAAACUCUUCCUGAUGGUACGAUUGUCGUUACGACUGUAAAAAAGAUAACUACUGUUGGAGGACAACAAAGGAGCCACGUUGAUAGUACUAGACAACAUCACGAGAAAGUGAUUGUUAAUGAAACGAGUAACGAUGUUAGAAGAUCGUCUCAAAUAGAUCAGCAAAGAAAUAAUGUCAGUUCAACGAACGUAACCAACGUGAAGCAAAACCAUGUAGUGCAUUCAUCAAGUCACACAGAUCUAUCAUCUCGAAGUAAUACCGAGAAUCAUACUUCACAAAGUAAUAUUAUUAAUUCAUCGAGUCAGAGGAAGGUGUCGAAUCAACAUACGGCUCAGCAAAACAACAUAAUCCAUUCCACGAGUCACCAUGACAUAACCAAACAGCACACACAUAGAAAUGUAUCCCAGAGCAAUAAUAUCAUUCACUCCUCCAGUCAGAACAUUUCGAGACAAAACGUCGAUAAGAACGUUUCCCAAUCCACUUAUCACAAGAAAGAUGCAAUCACUAAUGAAGAAAUCAAGAACCAAAUACUACAUCGCAAAGGUCACCAUACGUCUACAGAAGCGUUACACGCGACUAGUUCCUCAGCACUAGAUAUGAGGAAGUCGGUCUGUAACUUGCAUGAUCAAGGUAGAACAACAGUGAACACAGAAAGGCACAGCCUCAGUUCAAUGCAUAGGUCGAACCAGGAGUCAAAUAUCUCCAACAGAAGGAACCAACAGUUCAGUCACCAAGUGGUUGAGCGGCCUCAGAAGAUUGUGAGGAAAGAUAACUUGUCUGUUGGCGGACACUUCUAUGGAGAAUCUGAGGCUAAGUCGUAUGGAGGAUUCACUAAGCAACAGAACGUGCAACACGUAGAAAGGGUGCACAGGAGGUCUAAUGUUUCCAAUAUUACUCUGGGAGAGAGCAACGUACAGGUGGUGACUUCCUACAAGAAGGAGUAUGCUCCUAGGAACGUAGGCCCUUGUCCUGCUGGUUUGGUGGAUGCACCAAAGGGUCCCUUCAAGCAUACCAGGGACACUAAAUCUCAUAAAUUUUAUAUGCCCUUGAUAACAAAAUAGGUUUAGGUAUUCGUGCCUGGGACUAAACGUUCUUGUAAGAUUUCAUAGACUGUUAUAAUGAUUUGUGAUAUUAUGACAUGCUGACAAUUAUGUUAUUCCAUUUAUUUAUCCACACUCAUUAACAAAUACACUAUUUUUUUAUAGAUGCGACAUUAUGAGUAUUUUUGCAAUAAUAUUUUAGAAUGCUUACGGUAUGGGUUUUAUAUCUUAUUUGUAUUCCUCAAGACGUUCUAAUUUAACUUUAUGAGCUUCCCAAUGCUUGUAAUAAGUAUAAAACCCAAUAAAACAUUAUAUUCU